AUAAACAAAAGCAGAGAUAUCACUGAAUGCAAUCCUAGCAGUCGCUAACGGUCAUUAAUUUGGAUUUUCGAUUCUUGGUUAUUUGAGGUUUUCACCGUCAUAUUUCUUUUUUUUUGUAAAUCAAAAAUUGGUACAAAACAAGAUUACUUCUAUUUGGUUUUGUCAACCAGAAUACAGAAAGAAAAAUAGAACUACCACUUAGUAACAAUGAAGUGGCAAGCAGUUGUGGCAGUAUUAGCUUUACUUGCGUCAGAGGUCGCCUGUCAAGGAGGAGGUUUUAACUAUGGAAAGGACACCAAAGGCGAACGGGAAGGUCAACUGAGACCAGCGGAAAUUGCCGGAAUCAGCAUCGCCGUCGUUGCAGCCAUUGUUGCUCUGGCUGUUACUAUUUUCUUUUGUUAUUACGUGUACAGGAAAGAUAAACGUGCAUUUGAUAACAGCAAUACCUUCACUAGUAGACGUGUAGUGUAAGGUAUGUUUUCCUAAUCACAGAAACAAAUGGGGGGGGGGGGAGGUUUACGAGAGACAUAAUUACCAAAGUGAAGAGCAAUUUUCACUUUUCAUUUAAAGUUUGUUUUCUGAAAAUCCGUUUUCAGUAAUUAGGCACACGGUUUUACUUAUAAAUUAGGUUUUUAAAUGUCUUGUUCCAUGGGACACAACCCAAGCUCGUUUUUUUUUUUCGAAAAUAAAAAAAAGCUGACCAUUCUGAUCUGUUGUUCUUCGUAAUAUAUAAUAAUAAGAACAACGAAUCAAAUCCACUAGUUUGUCCAAUCCUUAUAAAUUUUAAAUACUAAAAAAUCAGAAAGUGUAUCUAGAAAAUUAUGACACAAAGCUUGUGUUGAUUCAAAUAUUAUAUGUAGAAAUUCCAUUAUUUGUCAUUUCAAUAUUGCGAAUCAUGCAAUUUAAUACUUUUUCUUUAUAUCCAUUAUCAAUCAUCAUGUUACAUUUGUGGUAUAUAAACCCAAAAAUACGUUCCAAUAAAUAAAGUGGUCACUGUGUAGACUAUAUUUGAUGGCAGAACUUACAAUGACAGUGAUCUUUCAUUAAAUCUUGUCGUUGUUUUGUCUGGCUUAUUUUUAUUGUUGUUUUUUUAAUAAAUUGAUUGUUCACUUCUUUCAGUAUGAUAUUACCUGUAUGUACCCUGUUGUUAUUGAAUAUUUUAAAAGAGUAAGAAGCAUUUCUCUGUUCGAAUUUUAAUAUAUAUCAUAAUUGCAUUACAGAUGAAUUUAUUGAAACCAUCAAAUAAUUCAUUCAUGUUUCCGAGAAAAAAAGAAAGAAAGAAAAUUUUUUGGUCCAGUAAUAAGAGUGUAAAAAUAAUUUUAAACUGUGUGUACGAAUUUCAAUAAAUAACAUUUCAAAGAGAGACGCCAUUAUGUUUGAAAUAACGUUACAUCAAACGAUACGAAAAAUUGCUUGUAGUUGAUUUUUUUGUAAUCUAUUAAUUUUCGUUGAUUUUUGUUAAUGAGUCUAACAACUUAUUAAUAUUCCUUAUUGUGUCUGUUGUAAAUUUGAAAGUAAAUGAGACUGUUCGUAUCUCA